GACUACAUAUGGAUAGAUACAUGCUGCAUCGAUAAGACCAGCAGCGCUGAGCUGUCUGAAGCCAUCAACUCCAUGUUUCAGUGGUAUGAGAAGGCCGAGGUCUGCAUCGCAUAUCUGGAGGACGUCUCAUCAGCGGAUGAUCCAACAAAAGACGGUUCUCAGUUUGCGCAAUGCCGCUGGUUUAGCAGAGGCUGGACCUUGCAAGAGCUGAUUGCUCCUCCCGAGGUACACUUUUACUCUCAAGAAUGGCAGCUCAUCGGGACUCGAACUUCUCUCCAAGAAGCCAUCACGAGAGUUUCCCUCAUCCCUGCUGUGAUGCUCAAUACGAGUAGUCAGCGCCAAAGCCUGGAUGAUUUUUCCGUCGCAGAAAAGAUGAGCUGGGCGGCCAGUCGGCAAACUACCCGGCCAGAGGACAUGGCAUACUGCCUGCUCGGAUUGUUCGACAUUAACAUGCCUUUGCUAUAUGGAGAAGGCCGCGUCAAAGCGUUCAAGCGGCUACAAGAAGAGAUCAUUAAGUCCACAAAUGAUGAUUCCAUUUACGCCUGGAGAUAUCCUGAAGAACUAUCCAAGAGACAGCAUUUCUGGGGCCUCUUGGCAGAGAGUCCUGCGGCAUUUGGACAUCAAGGCGGUGACUUUGUAAUUAAAAGAGCAAGGUACCUCACACGACGCUCAAACUAUGUAGCCACGGUUUCAAGCCGUGGCCUGGACGUAGAACUGGCUCUGACGCCUCACCCUCGAGAUGAAUCCGGGACCAUCUUCAUUGCGGUGCUGGACUGCGAUAUGGGCCGAGAUGAGGUCUCGCAUGAGCUGACACCAGCCAUUAUCCUUCAAAAGACGCAGUGGCACAACGAUACAGAAUUCGUCCGUGUACGAACAGAUCAUUUGCUAAUGCUAUCGAUGAACCGCAUGAAGUUGGCCAAAGAUCUCAACCGCUAUCGUCUGGGCUACGACCGCCUUUCAGAGGCCCAGCCUCGACAGAUAUUCGUCCCGAACAGUCUAUCCACGCGGCGAUCUCCCCGGGGCGUCUUGUUCCAUCCUGAAGUGGCGCCUUUAUAUCACGAUAAGCCGUUUAUGAUUGAUGUGCUCUCGAAUAAUUCUGCAUGGUUCUUCUAUGUGUCCAAAAGCACUUUAGCAAAUACCGUCACAGGUAGCCUUCACCGACGCAACUCUGCAUUUGAAGAACCACCACAUGAGGCAGGCGAGACAUUUGUACUAAACUUUGACCAUACUUCUGAUCUGGGUGCCACCGAGCCUGCGCAGCCGAUUGUACUCGGGUUCUUGGAGCUCGAGAUCAAGCAAAACGGUGGAUGGAACAGCUGGCGCACAUGUCUCGUAAUAGGCUUGGAGCCUCAUCCUCCAAAUCCCUUUGGCACGCCUUCGCUGUAUACAGUACCAUGGUAUGCAUUUGAGAAAAAGGACAAGGUUGCGGCGGGUGAGCUGGGUGAUGUGCUGGCGAGAGAAAACAGGGCGAUGGAGCAUAAGCUGUUGCAUGAGGUGCUGCAAGUCGAGUUUGAUCUGGAGAGUCGGCACUCGAGGCUUUUUUAUAAUGUAAUUUUGAAACUGAAGGAGUCGAGCAAGGAUUCGAGGAGAUAGUAGUUUUGCCUGAUGUAUAUAGAUAAAGUCCAGGGCUCCAUUAGACGUACACGCAGAUUAAUACUUGGAUACCAUAUCGAAGAGCUACAAACCAAUUUUAUUCAAAGGAAAAGAAAAAAGGAGAAGAAAAAACAAGCAAAGGUAUUAUAAUUCGUCAGCAACCCCCAAAACAGUCAUUUCCAACCGCGACAAAAUCUCCUCCGGGACAUCCAACGGCUUCUCUUCCGGCACCAGCCCCCUUUUCACCAACUCAUCCGUCGAAAUGUCUGGCUGCUCCUCCAAGGCCUUUUUCAGCUCCUUGGCCCUCUCCGUAACGUCCUCAAUGGAAACGAUCCACUCAUCCGCCCAUUUCGUGCUCAGCGUCGCAGGAAUGCCAAUCUGAAUGCUCCUGUAAGGCAGCGCCU